AUCCGUCUACUACGGUAGAUCCGUACCCCUCAAUUCCCUGAUGUACGCCAUCGUCGCGGGGAGGGCCGUUUCUGCGAUCCAAACUGGGAGGGAGAGGACUGCUAGGGCGCGCAGAGAUGAAGGCAUGUCGUGGGUGACUCCCCCUUUCCUAGAACCGUGAACAGUUAUAUGUCUCCGAGCGCAUUGGUUUGCUAUGUGCAUGGGCCUGGUUGUAGGAUGUGCCUUACCUAGAUCUAGCCAGGCGUGUAGCACUCUGCUGACGGCAAUGCGCUUCUGCUCACGUUGUGUAAGAGGUGUCUACUGGUGGGUGACUGGAGGCAUCAUGGUAAGAAAUGGCGAGAAAGGACCUCAUCGGUCAAAUUUUCAGUGCGGAACUCACGACGGUCUGUUGAAGACGGUGAGUUGGAUAUAUAUAGGACCCUGUUCUCCUUUGGAGAGGACGUAUAAUACGGUUGUCAGGGCUUUCCAGUCUAGGCAUCGCUUCCCAUUCUCGCUGGCAUCCCACCGGGAGGAUACUGAUAGAGGUUACACUGGUAGGACCAGCGGGAUUAAAUGCUGUACAAUACUAAUUGUAUUCUCUACCAGUUGCUAUAGUAUCAUUUCAAACCUUCGACCAGUCAUGUGAUUCACCCGGUAAGCCGCAGACAUGUUUCACCGAGCUCUCAAUCGCCGAGAAGUCAGGAAUUUGAAGUAUUUGGAUUCUCUGACCUGCGUCACUCCG